AAACACAGUUUGCAAGGGGACACGACAGCAGUACAAAUUUUUUCGGUACGUUAAAUCUGUUAAACAUCUGUAGCCUUCACGAAAAGUUCGUUGUGAUUUUUGUAAAUAUGCCCCAAGAUUUUUGUGUUCACAAAUGUUAUUCAUGCAACAUGUAUCAGGUUCAUGUAGUUAAGAAAAAUAGCAACAAAUGGACCUGCAAGAUGUGUGGGGAAAAACAGUCAGUCAAUAAGGUUUUUGGACAGGGAUCUGCAAAGGACUGUCGGGAACAUGUGCAAAGACUUAACUUACUGAAGGGGAUGUCAGCUGAACCUGCAGAACGUGAAACUAAUGAACAAGGCAACCAAAAUAGGAAAAGGAAAUUACAUUCCCUAUCUAAUGAUGACUGCAGGCAUGUACCAGAGACCCGAACAUGUAGUGAUGUCCCACUAAUGAAAGUAUCAAAGUGGGAAUGCUUCCUCAGCUCUGACUCAGACAUUGAAUAAUGGAGAAGUACAUGUAGACUUCCCUUCUGAAUGGGCUCACACAUAUCUCUGAUGCAAAAAGUCUGUAUUU